AUGCAAUAGUAACAAUCGCAAUAUUGGAUCUAAUAGCCAUAUGGAUCAUCUCAAGGUUUUGGAAUGCUACAAUAACAAAAACCAUAAGAAUCAGACAUUGUUUAAAAGAAAUUAGUUUCUCAUAUUUAAAAUAGGUUGAAGAUCAAGCAAAUGUAUAAAGACAAAGUUUCAGAUAUCUAAGAACCAUAGCUAGGCCCUACUUAAAGUUUGGUUUAUAAUAUCAUCAAGGCUGAAUUAUCUGAGAAAGGAUUCUCUGACUUUAAGUACAUAGGAGAGGGAAAGCAAGGUUUGGUCUUUUUAGCAAAAGAGUUAUCCACAAACAGAAGAUUUGCAAUCAAAGGACUUCAUGUCAAAGAUUCUUAAGGUAAAAUCUUCUAAGAAACAUUUAACCAAGCACAGUAAGAAAUCAAUAUGCUCCAAAAGUGCAAAGGUUCUUCUUAUGUGGUCAAUUUGUUAAAGAAAAUUGAAGGAAAGGAAUUUAUCUACUUAGUUUUGAAUGAGUGUUAAGGAACUCUAAGCGAACUUAUUAAAAAGAGUCCAAACGAAAAACUAAAUGAAUUAUCUGCAAUCAAGUAUGCUAAAGAUAUUGCUGAAGGUCUUUUGCACAUUCAUUCCUAGAAGUGUAUUUCCAAUGAUCUUAAAAUGGAUAAUAUACUAAUUGAUUAUAAUGGAAAUGCUGUAGUUUCUGAUUUAGGAUUGGCAGAUAGUCUCACUAAAACAUCUGGAUACGGAAUGAACCAAUAUUUAGGAAACUUGCUAUUCUAAGCUCCAGAAUGUUAUGAUCCAAAGAAAUUUCAAGAUUAUUCAGAUGAAUAUUAAAAGCUAGGAUUAAACAUAAGCACAAAACCAACUAUUAAGAGUGAAUGUUUCUCACUAGGUUAUCUAAUUUACCUUAUGGUUUAAGACUUCAAAACCGAUUUAAUGUUCAAGAAGCAUUUGACAUUGAAUUACAGCAAUUAAUUUGAGUAAUUCACUUACAAAAACCAGCUUAAGUUCAUAAUUAACGGAUUAACUUAAUUCAAGCCAGAAGAUAGGUUAUCGAUAAAAGAUGUUUUAAUUAUAUUAAAAGGAAUUAUUUCAUUUGAAUUUUAACUAGAUUAGAAAUUUAUCGAAUUCAUGGAUGAUCAUGAUUAAACCACUUAGCAAUUCAUUAGCAAAUUCAAAAAAGACAUUGAAUUUGUUUAAAAUUCUUCAGAGAAAUUUUAUCCUAUUAUUAAAAAGGAAUAGGACUUCAUCUAAGAGAUCCUCUCAAAGCAAUAGCAAGAACAGGAAAUAAUCUCUCAGUUAUGCCAAUCAAAUAUCUAAUUAGAAUAACAAAUUAAAUCAUUUAAAGAUAUUUAAAAGCAAUUAGAAAAUGAAUUAAUAGCACUUAGAAAUCAAAAAGUUUAGUUGGAAGCAACAAUAGUUGAGUCAAAUCAAACAAAUAUCUUGCUAAAAUAAGAAAUAGAAAAAUUAAAGCAGACUCAAAAAAUAUUAGUAAAUUAUUUGAAAGUAUAAUAGAAUUAAAAGCAGAAUAUUUAGAAUUUGAAUUCAUUUUAACCUGUCAUUUCUUAAUCGUAAAUUAAAAAAAAGGGAGAAGAAGCUUUAAAAAAGCAAAAGCAAGAACAAGAAAAGUAAAUUCAAUUGCAAAAAGCUUAUAACAA